AUGAAAUCUCUCGUCAAACACUGGACGACGAUGGAGACUUCCAUUGCGGCCAUUUCCCAGAUUCAGGAUUUCGUCGAGACGACUCCGCAAGAAUCUCCGUCACGGAAUGGGAGCACAGGAUUUAAGCCCGAAAUUGAUGCAAACGGAGGCAUGGCACUCACUUUGACUCAUGUGUCGGCGAAGUAUUCGUAAGUUGAAGGCUGAGAACGCGGAGGGACAUAUUAUUGAUCCCUUUCAGAGUCAACGGAUCAAAUGUCUUGUCAGAUCUCUCACUCAACAUCGCACCGGGAGAAAAGGUCGUUAUAUGCGGCAGGAGCGGCAGGUAAGUAUCUCAUCUUCUGUCUCCCUCCUUUCACACCAUCGCAUUUCACACAAUUCUAACCCCUCUCUCCCAACAGCGGUAAAUCCUCCUUCCUAAACGUGCUCCUAAAAAUGAUACACAUCACCGGCGACCUACACAUCGGCCAUCAACCAUCUUCCUCAUUCGGCAACCAAGAACUCCGCCACAACCUUAAUACCAUUCCACAGGACCCGUAUUUCUUCCCCGGCAUAAUACGCAAGAACCUCGACCCAGAUUCGAGCUCAUCGGAUGAAGCGAUCGACGCCUUGAUCAAUAGAGUGGGUCUUGAGAAUGAAAUUGCCAAAUGCGGAGGAUUGGAGGGUGAACUUGCCAUUGAAAGCUUUUCGGCGGGCCAGUUGCAGUUAUUGAGUCUUGCGAGGGGGGUGUUGAAUCCGAGGGGUUUGUUACUUCUUGAUGAGGCUACGAGCAGGUAAGGCCAUCCAUCCAUACGUUGUUUGUUUUCGAAUAUCUUUUAUGCUUUACUAAUUCUAGGAAUAGUGUGGAUUACGAGACAGAUAAAAAGAUGCACGACAUGAUUUUUGAGGAUUUCGCAGACCAGACGGUGAUUUGCAUCGCAGAGAUGAAUUAUAUCGCUUUGAUCGUAUGGUGGUGGUGGAUCAAGGGAGGGUUGUGA